AUGGUAGUAAUAAAUGAUGAAAUUAAUAAUAAAAAGAUUUUACCACCUAUAUUAUAUGGAUUUAAAAUAAUAACAAAUAAAUAUGGGAAAUUCAAAAGGUUUGAUUAUUAUCCUACAAAUGGUGAAUUAAAUAAUUGUUUAAUCCAUCGUACUGAAUAUAAUGAUAUUAGUGAAGAAUGUACAAUUUUAAAACAACCAUUACCAUUUCAAAUUUAUAUUCCAACAUUAGUUUGUACAAUUUUAACAGUUAUUACAUCAAUAGCAUUUAAAAUUAUUGAUCCACCUUUAACAUUAAUAAUUGGAUUUUUAACACCACUUGUUAUAUUUGAUAUUAUAUUUAUUUUAAUAAUUAUUUUUAAAUUUAAAAAUAGGAAACUAAAAUUUAAUUUAUUUUUAAAAGAAUUAAAUGAAAAGUUUGAAAAAAGAUCAAUUAAAUUUUAUUAUAAAAACUAUUAUACAUCAAAGACAAUAUGUAUAGAAUAUUAUGAAAAUAAUAGUAGUGGUAGUUGUAAAAAUAGUAAUUAUAAUAAUAUAAAUAAUGGUUUUCCAAUGUUUAAUGAAAACUCCCCACUUUUAAAUUUUAAAGUAUAA